GUCACCUCGUACUACUGCCCCGGGGGUCUCUUCUUUCGUUUCCUUUGAAUCGCUGUUGGGCAAGGAAUGUGAUCUUCUCGUCUGGUCCUCUGUGUGGUAAUUCCCCGUCCUUCCUCCUCACGAUCAGUCCCCGCCUAGCCCCCGGCAAUAAUCGAACAUACCCGCGCGCCCUCCAUCAUGGACCUCGAGCACCGUGACCUCAACUCGGAUCAGCCCAAGCGGCGGAGACGGAAUGCCGUGAGGCGACGGAUGCGCAAUAGGGCGCCUCUCUCUGCGCGCCUUUCCCUCGAUUCCCAUCUACGCGGGAAUGUCGGGGUUGUCUCCGAAGAUCUGGCCGGCGACCUCUUCCAAUACUCCACCGCGACCGAGGGGACCAAAAGCGAAUCCGGAAUUUACUAUCUCGCAAUCUCGCCGUACCUGCCGGGCUAUAAUGCGGUGGAGGAUCUGGCGUGGACCAUCAUCCCGGUUCGCCCGCAGUCCAAAGAACGCUCGCCCCAGUCGACCGUUCCUCACUCCACGAUUCUUUUCCCCCACUCGGCAACUUCCUUACAGCCGUUUACCGACGCCUUGGGCAAACUCGAUCCCACCCGCCACACUCUUCAAGCACAGCGUGCUAUUGAGAUCCGGGUGUUGGAUGUUGCGCCCCUGCCAUUGGACACCAUCUACGUGACGGUGGAGCGGAAUCUUCUUCGGAACCAUGAUGAUAUUCAAAACAAGUUCGGGGGAGGGUUUGCUUCCAAUCAAAACGGACCCAAUGGAAUGUGGGCAAAGGGAGGGAAGGCUCUGGAGACCAAGAAACCCUCGAAAAAGACGGCGGCAGAGACUGAAGAUAGGUUGACGGCUGCUGUACGUGAGGCCUUGGGGGCUGAGAAGGUGGUGCAUACCGGUGAUGUACUGCCACUUCCAUUGCCUCCGCAUCCCAUUACCUAUGCCCCGUCACCGCCUGCGCGCAUCUCAUACUGCGAACCUGUUUCUCAAGGUCUACUGGUGCCAACGACCAAAGUCGUCUUAAUUCAGGCGCGGCCUCAAGCUCAUCGGGCACAGCGAAGUUUGCGGUCAAGCUCAGGUCUCCUGAAGCAGGUCGCGGAAGAUGAGGCCGACGACACUUCUAAUGAACAGUUCUACUCCGCCGCAGAAGAUAAGCCGGUUGAAAGCAGCACGGAGGUGGAGACUACAUCGACCGCAGAUGAGUUAGAAACGGAUGGAUCUGGAGGGAACGCGAGCGACACGUCGGAUGACUCUCUGGACGACAUGAUAUCUCUCACUGCCCCCGAGCUGCCCCAGCCACCGUCAGGUGUCAUGUCCGCCAUGACUGCUGCAACACCUCGGGCGGGUGGCCGUCGCACAGAUGGAACACAUACUCCAGGCUCCGUGGCGUCCAACUUCACCUCUACAACCAUGCGUCCCGGGCGAGCAAACGGCGGAAAGGUAUUCAGGGCGGAGGGCCUGCUUCGCAGGGUACCGAGCGAUCUUCUCCACCCCAGGCCUAGGGAAGACGACGAUAUAGAAUCGUUCAUCUUCGUUGACGUCAGCACACUCGCCAAGAUCGGCUGUUUCUCUGGGGACUGGGUGAAGAUUGAGGCUACCGAGGAGCCGCAGCUCAACAUGUUUGCCUCAAUCAAGCUCGGGAGUUUCAAUGAACAAGAUGACGAUUCUGGUGACUGGCGUGCUGCUAAGAUAUAUGGACUACCGGGACUUCCGUCCGCUAAACCAAGAUACUCGAUCAACCAGUCUGGCGAGCGACGGUCGAGCAUCUCUCAGCGUGCUCCGACGCGGCUGACGCCUUCAGUGUUCGUUCCUCCGUUGCUGCUGAACAACCUCGACAACCCCAAACAUCUCCGCAUUUCUCCGAUGAUCUUCGCUGCGACCAAUGGAGCUAAGCCUGGUCUUCUACACCAGGUCAAGUCAAGCGUCGUCCGGAGCCCACCUUUGGCAAAGGAAGUGACAUUGUUGAAAGUCUCUACCCCGCUGUCUAUGGACCGUGUCCUCCAACCGGCUUUAUUUGCUGGUCUGAAGCAGUACUUUGAAUCCCGACGACGACUCUUAAAAGGUGGGGAUCUCGUAGGGAUUAGCGUUGAUGAGGGGUUUGGUAGAGCUGUUUUCUCAGUAACUACUGGUGGCGACAAUGGUGCUCAGGAUGAUGACUUGACUACCCGCUUAGGCCAGGUUACCGACUCUGACCACACUACAUCAAGGAAAGUUGGCGUUGCCUGGUUCCGUGUUGGACAGGUUGUCCCUAGCAUAGCCAGUGACCAAGAUGGACCUGGCGAGAACCAGUGGGGAGGAGUUGCUGUCAUCGAUUCCGCCACUACAAGGAUGGUGCAGGCUGGCAGCGAUGUAAGCAGGGUUCCAGGCACCAUGGAUAACGGAUGGGAAUACUGGCUCGGGGUCAAAUCAGUCCCAAGGACGGCCACUGAUGCCCCAACUCCACAUGGUCUCAUCACAGAAGCUCCGCAGUCCUUUACCCCCCCGUUGCAACAACGCAUUCGAGACCUGAUGUCAGUGGCAACCAGCCCUCGUGCGAUUCAUUUGGGCAUGAAUCCGGUUGUCAUACUGAUAAGGUCCCAACAGAGACACAUUGGAAAGGCGACCAUCGCAACACGGGCUUGUGCUGAUAUUGGCCUUCAUACGUUUCCCAUUGAUGCCUACGAUAUCCUGACCGAGGGUGGUGCGAAUGGCGGCGACGUGAAAACCGAAGCAUACUUGAAGGCAAGAGCAGAGCGUGCUUUCCACUGUGGGUCCGAAUGCACGGCACUCCUGAUCAAGCAUGUCGAAGUGUUGACGGCAGACCGUAUCAUCUCAGCGAUGGCCGAUAUCGUGGCGGAUGCACGAGUCGUGAUCGCGACCACUACGGAUGUCGAACAGAUCCCGGAAGGCAUUCGUAGCAUGUUCACGCACGAGUUUGAGAUGACGGCUCCGGAGGAGAAAGAGCGUGAGGGCAUUCUUCGCAAUGCUGUCUCUGAACGCAGCAUUAAGACAUCACCCGAUGUCGAUCUGGGUACGGUAGCUUUGAAGACUGCUGCCCUAGUGGCUGGAGACUUGGUGGACGUGGUUGAACGAGCCUCCGCUGCAAGGGCGGCGCGUCUAGAGAAACUGGCAGAAACAGCCAGCAAGAAUGCCGGACAGACUGUCAGCGUCAGGGAUGUCCUCAUUUCCGGUGGGGACGCGGCACGCGGAGUUACGAAGAUUGAUUUUGAUGCUGCAGUCGACGCCGCAAGAAAGAACUUUGCUGAUUCGAUCGGAGCACCGAAGAUCCCCAAUGUUGGCUGGAACGACGUGGGUGGUCUGACCAACGUCAAGGAUGCUUUGAUUGAAACCAUCCAAUUGCCGCUCGAGCGGCCGGAGCUGUUCGCCAAGGGUAUGAAGAAGCGCAGUGGCAUUCUGUUCUACGGGCCCCCGGGUACCGGUAAGACCCUCCUCGCCAAGGCUAUUGCAACCGAGUUCUCUUUGAACUUUUUCUCCGUCAAGGGUCCGGAGCUGCUCAACAUGUACAUUGGUGAGUCCGAGGCGAAUGUACGACGAGUCUUCCAGCGGGCUCGGGAUGCCCGGCCGUGUGUUGUCUUUUUUGAUGAACUCGAUUCCGUCGCACCCAAGAGAGGCAAUCAAGGAGACAGCGGUGGUGUCAUGGACCGUAUCGUCAGUCAGCUGCUUGCGGAGCUGGAUGGUAUGAAUGGGGGCGAGGAGAAUAGCGGUGGCGUUUUUGUGAUCGGUGCCACCAACCGCCCCGAUUUGCUCGAUACAGCGCUACUUCGCCCUGGUCGGUUCGACAAGAUGCUGUAUCUUGGAGUGUCUGAUACCCAUGAGAAGCAAGCUACUAUCUUGGAGGCUCUGACGAGGAAAUUCACCCUGUCGCCUGAAGUGUCGCUCAGCAGAGUCGCUGACCGGCUGCCUCUGACCUACACGGGUGCUGACUUGUACGCCUUAUGUUCGGAUGCCAUGCUCAAAGCCAUCACGCGCAAGGCCACGGCUGUUGACGAGAAGAUCAAGCAAUUGCCCGGUGAGCCUGUAAGCACGGCAUACUUCUUCGACCACCUGGCCACGCCGGAGGAUGUGGCCGUGAUGGUUACGGAGGAUGACUUCCAAGAGGCACAGGAGGAGCUCGUUCCUAGUGUUAGUGCCAAAGAAUUGGAACACUUUGAGCGGAUCCGACAGAGUUUCGAAUCGGUUGAUAAGCAAAAGCAAGAUUCCAACAGUGGUAACUCCGCAUCCCAGACCAUCGGGGAUGCGCUCGAAGCACUCAAAGCCGGUGAUCAGCUAAACUUUAGCCUGGAUGGGCCCGCCACCAAUGGCGACUCCUAUCUCAAUGGUUCAGGGCCGGGCAAAGGAAAGCAAGUCCCGACUGGCUCUUCGACUAGCGGUAAGGGCAAAGGGAAGAAUCCUGCUGGCUCGGGAGGAAAGUUGAAGAAUAGGCUUGCAUCCAUGCCGAAUGGGGAUUCUGAUUCGUCUCUGGACGGUCCGACGGCUGACCGGGGCCUGGUCCAAGGCUACGAUGAUGUUGGUGAGGAGGAUGAAGAUGGGGUUACCAACGAAGGCGAUGAAGACUACAUUAUCCGCACCGACCACUUAACUCCGGCUGGUGGAUCCAAGUGAAGGAGGAUGUUGAGAGCCUGGUGAUGAAUAAUGUCGCACACGGAUGACUAUAGGGCCAUCUGCAAGGGCCGGUGUACAUACAUAUACAUACAUUUAUUCCUGCUAUGACUGCAUGCCACGGGAGAAGACAUGACUGGAUUCACCAAUCAUUGGACAAUUGAGCCAACUGUUCCUACCCUAACACUCUGUAUAGUCAGACGGAUUCCCACUAGGUCAAUAGAUAUGAAGACGGGCGAUGGUUUGCAGUUUCGGGCUAACCCAGUCUGGCUUAGGGGAAAUGGAUCCCGUGGCCCGCCGGAUACUUUAAUUGCUUAGCGAUUCAUAUUAGUCCGAGUGUCACG